CCUCCACGCAACCACCCUCACCCUCACCACCACCACCACCAACAACCACCACUCACAACCACCCACCCAACAACCCACCCAAAAUGCCCCCCAAACCACCCCCCCUAACCCUCAUAGUCGCCACCACCCCAAUCCCCUCCACCCCCACCACAACAACCACAGGCCACCAAACCGGCCCCCUCCGCCUCGGCAUCGGCCAAAACGGCACCCUGCCCUGGCCGCGCAUCAAAACCGACAUGUCCUUCUUCGCGCGCAUCACCUCGCGCCCGCCCGCCCACUCUCCCACCGGCAGCACAAACGCCAUCCUGAUGGGCCGCAAGACCUACGACUCGAUCCCGGCCUCGCUGCGCCCGCUCGGCAAACGCAUCAACGCCGUGAUCACGCGGUCCGUCGAGGAGGUCGCGCGGCGCGUGCAGCACGACCUCGACGGGAAACGGCGGAAGGAGGAGGAGAAAAUGCGUGCGGCUGGGCAGGGCCAGGGCCAAGCGCCAGGGCCGCAAACCGACGCGAUCGUGUGCGCGGGGUUGGAGGAAUCACUCACCAUGCUCGAGGCGAGGUACGGCGCGGAGGGGAAACUGGGGCAGGUGUUUGUGAUUGGCGGGGCGGAGAUCUAUGGUGCGGCGUUGCGGGUCAAGACGCGCGGGGUGCGGAUUGUGAUGACGUUUGUGGAGAAGCUGGCGUUCCAGGAGGAUCGUGGGCGGGUGUUUGAGUGUGAUACUUUUUUCCCGGUGGAUGAGGAGUUACUCCAGGAGAGGGGGUGGAGGAGGGUGAGUGCAAGGGAGGUGUCCGAGUGGGUGGGGGAGACGGUCACCGAUGAGUGGAUUGUGGAGGGGGAGGUGAGGGUGAGGAUGGUGGGGUAUGGGCGGGUGGAUUAA